AUGGACGGGCUGACUGUGGAUUUCUACCACAUGAGGUUGACGGGGUUGGUGCUUCGAGAGCCGAAGCUGCGGCUGGUCCUCUCGGCAUACGCCAACGAUGUGCUCCUCGUGGUCCAGGACUCCGACUUGGCGUGGCUGGAGGCUUGCCAGACCGUGUACUCGACGGCCUCCUCCUCCUGGGUCAACAGGGUCAAGAGCUCUGGCCUGGUGGCCUUGUACUCCCCAGUGCGUACUUCAGGAGUGAAACCCUGCAAGAAAUCUGCCAUCCCAGGGGUGACCAUCAAGCAGUUUGUUGAAGUUAUUCCAAAAGGAUGUAGCACGCCUGACUUUGAGCGAAAACCCAUCACCCUAACAUUACAGGAAGGUAAAAAUGCCAUCUUCAGGGCUGUGGUUAAGGGUGAACCCCCACCCAAGGUGAUAUGGAGGCGGAGCAAAGAAGAAAUGAACAAUCCUGACAAAUACCAAAUGUCUUUCAGUGGCAUUACAAACGAGUUCAUCCUGAAGAUAAACAAACUCUCUACAGAAGAUACUGAUUUGUACCAUUGCUCUGCUGUGAAUGAGUAUGGGGAAGCUGCAUGCAUUGCUGGCCUCAAGGUUAUACAAGUUAGUUUCAAGAAAACAACAAAACCAUUCCCCACUGAGCCUCAGGAGGACCUGAAGAAAGAGUUGCAGGACUUCAGGAAAAUAUUAAGGAAGCGAACUCCACUACCUGCACAGAAGGAAGUUGACAUGGAACAGGUCUGGCAGCUGCUGCUGAAUGCCGAUAGGAAGGAUUAUGAGAAAAUCUGUUUAAAGUAUGGGAUUGUUGACUUCCGUGGGAUGCUGAGGAAGCUUCAGCAGAUGAGGAAGGACAGAGAGGACAAGCAACAACAGUAUAUCUACAGUGUCACAAACCUCAAGCACAUCAAGGUCAAUAAGGAGGGGAAUGCUACAUUCCAUCUAGAGAUGGACCUGAAAAAUCCUGAGAGCAGAAUUUACCUGUACAAGGAUGGCCAGCUGAUCAAUUAUGGAUUCAACGAUGACAAAGUAAAGCACUGUCUGAGGCAGGCAGGGAAAAAGUACAACUUCACCAUCAACCACCUGCAGCUGGAAGAUGCUGGCGUGUACCAGAUCAAAGUGGAAGAUGUGGAUGUCUUCUCAACUGAGCUAGAAGCUGACUUCAUUCCUGUGGGAUUCCGACGCUUGCUUAGUGAAGUGCACUGCCAUGAGCAAGGAAAUGCCAUCUUUGAAUGCAGCCUAUAUAGCCCCUGCUAUGAUGCCAUGUGGCUGUAUAGAAAACAUCCCAUUGAGAAGAGUGACAAGUACAAAAUCUCCAUCUCUCCUGAUGGCCUGACCCACCAGCUGGUGAUUAAAAACACACAGCUCACUGACAAAGGGACUUACACCCUCGAUAUAAGAAUCUGCUCCUCUAGUGCAUGGCUGGAGGUGGAAUGUGGUGCAGGCUCCCUCUAUGGCAAGGAUGUUAUGCUAGGUGGAGCCAGUGUUGGUGCUGGACUAGACGGUGCUGGAGGCAUGGGUGCAUUUGAUGGUGGCGGUGCUGGCUCAGGUGGUGCAGGGGGCAUGGGCUCCCUCUGUGAAUCACAUUGCCAUUUCAACAAAGGGUUGUCUGAUGUCAGUGCCCAGAAAGGGAAACCCACUGUGCUGUCUUGCAGCCUCAAUAACGAUCAGGUGGAGGGAAUCUGGUUUAAAGAUGAAUUCGAGCAGCUAACAGGCCUGGAUGAACUCUCUUCUGAAAAAUAUGGGCUGGUCCACAAACUGAUAGACACAGUAGAAGAGAGUCAUGCUGGGAAGUAUAAAUUUGAAGCUGAAGGUGUCAAAACUGAAGCAUCUAUUUUUGUUGAAGAUCCUCCAAAUGUUGACAAAGCUCUUCUGGAAAAGCUGAUGAAGGAGCCUGUGAUAGUCAAGGCAGGGCAGAAUGCCAUGGUUAAAAUCCCAUUCGAGGGCCGGAAGCCAGUCAGAGCAACGUGGUUAAGGGACGGGGAUGAGCUCCUGAAUGAUGCCAGGAUCCAUAUUGACAAGGCAGACAGCUUCACGCGGCUUUCCAUCUCCAGCACCAACAGGAAGGACUGUGGGGAUUACAAAGUGAAGCUGAAGAAUGAGAGUGGAACCCUGGAGGCCAGCCUAAAGCUGGAGGUGAUAGACAAGCCACAGAAACCCAUCGGACCCAUAGAGGUGGUGGAUAGUUCCACAACUGGAAUAACCAUUCGAUGGAAGCCCCCAAAGGAUGAUGGGGGCAGACCAGUGCAGAACUACAUCAUAGAGAGGCAGCAGGUGGGCAGAAAAACCUGGGUAACGUUGGGAGAAACCAGCAGGGACAACAGCACUUUCACCACCAACAAAGUGGGGCAAGACAAAAGCUAUCGCUUCAGGGUGCGAGCAGUGAACGCUGAGGGAAAGAGCAAGGCACUGGAAUCAGAUGAGGUGAUGGCUGCAACCAAAGCUUUCCCUGGACCCCCUGCUCCUCCUCAGAUUGUCAGUGCCAACAAAGAGUCCAUAACACUCUCCUGGGCAGCACCUCCCAAAACAGGCAAUUCCAGAAUCCUGGGGUAUAUCGUUGAGAAACGCAAGAAAGGCAGCAACAUCUGGAUACCUAUCUCUGACCUGCCAAUAACAGACAGGAAGUGGAUGGUGACAGAUCUGAAGGAGGGACUGCAGUAUGAAUUCCGCGUGGCUGCUAUCAAUGCCGCAGGGACAGGCGAGGCCAGUGCGCCGUCCGAUCCUGUCUUUGCUCGAGAUCCCAUGAAGCCUCCUGGUAGAGUGAGGGACCUUAAGGUGACCAAUACUGACUACACCAGCAUCACUCUGGCAUGGAUGAAACCCGAUUCAAUGGAAGGGGGGCCUGCCAAGGGCUACAAGGUGGAGAAGAAAUCCUCUGACAGCCUCAAGUGGACCCAUUGUAACACUGUCCCCAUAGGGUUGACAACCUGUACAGUUAAAGGUCUGCAAGCCAGAGAGAUGUACUUCCUCCGCGUGAGGGCCGUCAAUGAGGGAGGCCUAGGGGAAGCCAUAGCACUGGACACUUGCAUCCAAGCCAUGCCUCCCAUUGUUAGUCCCAAGUUCCUAAGAGAUGACACUAUGAAAAACUUUAUGAUUAUAAAAGCGGGAAGUUGCAUCCGAGUGCACACACCCUUUGAAGCAUCCCCAACUCCAGAGGUGAUUUGGCUAAAGGAUGGGCUUCCUCUACCCAGCAGGGCCAUAGUGAGCACCAGAGAUGGCCUCAGCCAACUCUUGAUUCCAUCAGCUGAGUUUUCUGACAGUGGGCUCUACACCAUCAUACUCCAAAACGAGUGGGGAAAAAAAGAAUCCUUCAGCUUCCAAGUCCAAGUCGCAGCUAUCCCACAGUCCCCUGGCCCUAUUCUUCUGCAAGAGAAAGUCCUUAAUACAGUGACAGUGAUCUGGGAGCCCUCGCCGACAGAGAAGUGGGAAAGUAACCUGUACUAUGUGGUCAUGAAACGUGACUCCAACAAAGGCUCAUGGCAAGUGGUGGCUGACCUGAUCUACAACAACAAGUUUACCAUCACCAAACUUAUCCCUGGCCGCGGGUAUUAUUUUAGGGUUGUGGCCAAAAAUUAUAUGGGAACCAGUGAUCCAUCUGAAACUGUGCAGCCCUGGAUCAUGCAAAAGGAAAAGGAUGAGUUUAAAGUCAGACUACCCAAAUACAGGAGGGUGAAUCAAAAUAUGCCUCCAAGAUUCCUCCUCCAAUUGAAGCCCCAUGUAGUGACCACAGCAUUUGAUUGUCACAUGAGCUGUGCAGUGAGUGGCUACCCAAAACCUAAGAUCACCUGGUACAAGGAUGGCAGGGAUCUCUCAGAAGACCACACCUUCUUCAGUACAAAUGACUUUGGUGUCUGCUGCCUGGUGAUCCCAGGUGUCACGAAGAGAGAUGAAGGAGAGUACAAGGUGGAAGCCACCAAUGAAUUGGGCCAUGUGGUCAGCAAAGCCAUGCUUAUCAUAAAAGGUAAAGUGAUUUAA